CAGAAGCAGACAGAUGCUCAGAUGACGGCUGACUGUUUCUGCUUUGAAUUUUGAAACUGGUUUAUACUCAACAUGGAUGAGGCUCAUUUUAUGACUCUGCUGCUGACAGGCUUCCUGGUUUCUACCACUUCGUCAGAACAAGAGAUUAUCUUUGUCGAGGAGCCGAUGGCGUGGGAAAAGGCAAAUGACUACUGCUUCCAGAAUUCCUGGGACUUGGUCCAGAUCCGAGACGAGGAGACUGCCACUGCACUGAAGAUUCUCUCUGAGGGACUCACAGGGAGCGCCUGGAUAGGACUCUAUGAGAACUACUCCUCCUGGAACUGGGUGGACGGCACGGAACUCGGAUAUAUCAACUGGGCGUCUGGUCAUGUGAUGAAGGGCACGGAGCUCUGUGCGUCGGUGAAAGAUGAUGGGACCUGGAUCAGUAGCGUCUGCACCGAGACAAAAACUUCCAUUUGUUUUGAUGGUAGGAGUUUCAGAGCAAUUCAGACUGAGUCCAGCUGGAUUGACGCUGUGAUGGGAUGUGAUCAAAAAAGAUUCAUUCUGGCCAAAAUCGAGAGUGAACUGGCAAAUUAUUUGGCCGGUAAUCAAGUGACUGGCAACCAAUCAUGGAUUGGUCUCAGCAGACCCGCCCUCUGGCACUGGUCAGAAAAUGAAGAGGCUCUUGGGAAUUAUCAGACGUGGAAUGUUGGUGAACCUGUCUCUCCAGAGACCAGCCCUCCUCCUGAAGAAAAGGGUUGUGCAGUCGUAUCACUGACAAAUGGAAGCUGGAGCCGACAGCCAUGCAUCAAUAAGCACCCAUUUUUCUGUUCUACAGAGAAAAUUGUGGAGAUGCAGAAGACUCUGGUGAGGAUAACGAUCCAGUCCAAUGCAAACAUGGCAGAUCCAGUCCUCCGUGCCAACCUAAAGCGACAGCUGCACUCAGAAGUAUCUCAGCACACUUCGGAUAAAAUCAAGAUGAGCUGGUUCAAACGGCCAGAGAAGGUACAGGAAAAGACAGCAGUGAAAGAUGAGUGUUGAAGCUGUGAGACCGUCUUUCAGACUGCGACGGCACGUUGUUCACACAAAAGAACUUUUCUGGUUCUUACCCAUAAAAAUACACUGAGCUAACUCUGCUUUUUAUGUAGAAAUAUUCUUUACAUUUCAGUGAUUUCACGGCGGUACAUUAUUGUUACUUAAUAAUGUGUCUUGUCUUUGUCUUUCUUCAUUAUCUUUAUUACUACAAUUUUCAUAGAUAAUAAUUAAAAUUUAGAUACAGUAAUACUCAAGAAACAAUAUCCUAUCCUAUUCUAUCAUAUCCAAAAUCUAGUCAGACUGUCAUUUUUCCUACAACUGAUUUGAGCUCCAAAAAUCAAGUAGUUUCAUUGCGGAUAAGGAUUUUGUUUGAGGCCAUUUGCACCAUUGUUGUUGAAAACCAGUA